CGAGUACUCAACGGUUAGCUCAACUCUUUGUUGAAUUUUGUGCAUCAACACUGACGAACUUUUCGCGUCAUGGACGUGCUCGCCAUCCAUGCAUGUCUCGAUCGAGAAGUGUCACAGCGCCUUCCCGCUUUCGCGCCAUGUACAGUACCUGCGAUGAGCGGCUCAUUGACAAUCGAUGACAUCACCAUGCUAUGAUGUUCGGUUUUGAUGUCACCACCUCCUAUGGCCGAUCGAUUGGAAAGACAUCGACACAAAAAUUACCUAAAUAACGACCGGAAAGCCAAAAAAAGAGUCAGUCUUUGUCCUUGAAAGCUCUCCCAAUCGCAACACCAGCUAGCUACCUGAGCAAUUAAUACGAAAACGUAUCUGCCUAAACAUCUUGUCCAAAUCGUCAAUCGCGUUAAUUCACAAACAAAUCCAAGCAGUUCACUCAGCCAUCAUGUCUGCAUUCAGAACCCGCUCAGCAACCACUGCCCUGCGCUCGCUCGGCACCAAGCCGCGCGCACCUACUUCCUGGGCACCGGUUGAGCAGCGCCGCGGCUAUGCCUACAGCAAAAACGAGGCCCUCGAGAGCCGCAACAGCACCAGCAACUACUCGAAAGCGGCCAACGACGGCCUGGAGGGCAACACGGCCAAGGCCACCGUCAAGGGCGCGCCACCCUCAACUCCCAAGGAGCCUCCGACCAGCAGGCCCGCGUACAUGAUUGGAAUCGGCGGCAUCGUGCUCGCCAUCGGAUACGGCUUCAUCACCCUGUUGAGCAACCCGAGGCAGGCGACCGCGCAACACGAGAGCUUACCUAAUGCGCUGACGCCGGGCAAGGGUGUCGAUGCGGCUGCUUCGCGGGCACCCAGCCGCGCGUGAUCGUGUGCGGGAGGAGACUGACUAUCUUAUGGGGGUGGAAAAGGAUAAUGAAAUUUGAAACUCAAGGAACUCUUUCCGCCACGCAUAUUGGUUUUUUGCGAGUCAAGGCUCUUGUGGGGCGCUCUACGACGAAGAGUAGAGGCGCAUGCUUUACGCGACAGUGGGCACAUUGCGGCUUCAGUGCAGAGGAGUUGUCUUUGCGCUAUAUUUGAUGGAGGCGUUAGCAAACUGGCCUUUUGACAACUAUUGCAACAUUAGAUCCCUGGGUUCUUGACAUAUAUGUCGAGGAACCGAGGAAAGCAUGAUCAAAAGAAAACACUGAGAGCCUUUUGUGCCCCGCCAAACACGUGUGAGAUGUCUUUUUAUUGAACAACAUCGUUAUUUGCUUCCAAGUACGUCUCGCAGUCAA